GGGCCGACCCAGUACAGGUGGGAAUGGCCCAUGAGUGUACUUGUAUUGGAACCAGUUUAGGUUCAUGUUUUCUUCCUGGCCAGUAGGGGGCGCAGGUUUGAACAGUUGCUAUGUUGAGCCAGUGUGUAGAAGAAGUGUGUCAGUAAGUUUCCCAUAUGCAAGAAGCAAAAACAUCUGUUCAGCAAUCUGAAGCCAUCCGCUCUAUUUCAUCCCUUUGAAUGGAAAUAUGAUUUCACACUUUGUUGCAUUAAAUUCCGUCCAAAUACAACACGUGCCUGUUCAUUGGAGGAGAGCGAUGCAAGAAAGAGUUUAGCUGGCUGUGAAUCUCAAUAUAGGACACGGGGUCACAUUGGGUGCAACAGUACAGUGAAAUCAUACCAUUCGGCGAGGGAUUCGAGUGGUGUUCUAUUUAGCUAUGGAGAAAGGAGACUCAGAAGGUCAAAAUGAGGAAACACAGUCAAAUCAUUCCAGAAGGUCUUCAAAAUCCUCAGGAAGACUGACUGUUAGAUCAUCAGCAGCAUGUUCAAGCCGGUCAUCAGCCUCGAGCCGAGCCAGCAUGGCAGUGGCGCGGGCACAAGCAGAAGCACAGGCAGCCAAGGCCAGGUUAGCCUACGCUGAAAAGGAGAUGAGCAUUAAAGUAGAAAAGGCUCGUCUAGAAGCAACUCUCGAUGUGAUAAACCUGCAAAAGGAAGCUGAUGCAGCCAUGGCCAAAGCUGAGGUAAUGGAGUCAGCAGUGGCUCAAUUUGACAAAGCAGAUUCAAAGGAAGAGCUGUCAUUUUUACCUUUACAAGCAACCACAGAACAAAAGGUGAGUGAGUACAUCAACAAAAACAAUUACACCGAUCUGGCUCAAGGAAACGCAUCGCAACAUGAUGACAGAAAACAUCAGACUGAACAAUCCAAUCAACCAUUAAUCUACUCACCUCUUUGCCCCAAACAUGAACCAGUGCAAUGCCGAUUUGUACCACAAGAUGGUGCUGAGGGACCAACACAAAGUGGUACAAUUCUACAAAUUCCACAGCAGGGAUUAUUCCCAAAAUAUAACGCUGACAGCACAAGUGACCUUGCUAGAUUUUUAGCCAAAAGUCAACUAGUAACUGGAGGACUGGAAAAAUUUGAUGAUAAACCAGAAAGUUACCUUAGUUGGAAAACUACAUUCCAGAGCACCAUAACAGAACUUGGUCUUACAGCCAGUGGGGAAAUGAACCUUCUCAUUAAGUGGCUGGGCCCAGAGUCUUCUGAACAUGCCAAGAGACUGAAAGCAGUUAACAUAAAGUAUCCACUUGUCGGUCUCAACAUGAUAUGGUCGAGACUAGAAGAAUGUUAUGGCUCACCAGAAGCAAUAGAGAACUCGUUGUUUACCAGAAUACAAAACUUUCCAAAACUCUCCAGUAAAGAACCACACAAGCUUCGUGACCUGUCAGAUUUAUUGUGCGAACUCCAAGCUGCAAAGCUGGAUGGUUAUUUGCCUGGGUUAAAUUACCUUGACACAGCCAGGGGAGUUCAUCCAAUUGUGGAGAAGCUGCCCUUCCAUCUUCAAGAAAAGUGGACAAUGUCAGGGUCAAAGUUUAAGGAAGACCACAACGUAAGCUUCCCCCCAUUCUCAUUUUUUGUUGAAUUUGUGAAAGGUCAAGCUAAGGCAAGAAACGACCCUAGUUUCACCACGACCUUCAACUCAUCUCUCUCUUACGUCAAUCAGAUGUCAAGCCACAGGAAAGACAAAUCAGCAAACCACUAUAACCAAAGGUCAGCAGUUACAGUACACAAGGUGGACAUAUCAUCAGAGGAUAAAGAAGCAGAGGACGACAAAAAACAAUGUCCCAUACAUCAAAAACCCCAUCCACUCAAAAAAUGCAGGGGUUUCAGAAUCAUGCCGCUUGAUGACAGAAAAAAGUUGCUCAGAGAGAAUAAACUUUGUUUUCGCUGCCUUACUUCCACCAGCCACCAAGCCAAAGACUGCUCAGUCCAGAUUAAGUGUGAAGAGUGCGACAGUGAAAGACACCUGGCAGCUCUUCACCCUGGACCUGCACCACAACUGCUCAAGUCUCCUCCAUCCCGUCAGGGGCACGGCGGGGAGCAAAAUAAACAGGAUCAAGAUGUGACAACUACAUGCACAGAGGUAUGUGGAAAUAAAAUCACAGGCAAAUCCUGUUCCAAGAUCUGCUUGGUACAAGUCUAUCCUAAAGGUCAGCGAGAAAAAAUGAGGAGGAUGUAUGCAAUGAUUGAUGAUCAAAGCAACCAGUCACUUGCAAAGACAGAGUUUUUUGACAUAUUUGAUAUAGAAAGCACAACUGAACCGUACACGCUGAAAACUUGCAGUGGUGUAACACAAAUGACUGGGAGAAGGGCAGGUGGCCACAUUGUCGAGUCACUGGAUGGGAAAGCAAAUUUUCCUCUUCCCACGCUCAUAGAGUGCAACGCCAUUCCCAACAACAGGGAUGAAGUGCCCACUGCUGAAGCAGCUUUACACCACCCUCAUCUAAAAGCAAUAGCUGCGGAAAUACCACCUCUCGACCCCAAAGCAGAUAUUCUGUUGCUGAUAGGACGAGACCUUCUGAGAGCUCACAAAGUAAGGGAACAAAUUAAUGGCGGAGACAAUGACCCAUUUGCACAGAAGUUAGACCUGGGCUGGGUUAUUGUUGGUGAUGUUUGUCUUGGCAACGCUCACAAACCAAGUAAAAUAAAUGUUCUGAAAACCCACAUAUUAGACAAUGGCCGACCAAGCUGUCUUAUUCCUUGCAACAGUCACCUCAAUGUAAAGGAGGACUUUAGUCUGAGCCAAACUAGAAGUAGCUCUACACAAACACCAAUGGUGUACCCACAUCCAAAGCCUACAGCUGAUCUUUUAGGAGAGACUGUGUUUCAGCAAGCCAGCAAUGACAAUCGGCUUGCUCAGUCAGUUGAGGAUAUGAUUUUUCUGGAGAAGAUGUCUGGGUUUUUCAAAGAUGAGACAAACAGCUGGGUUGCACGACUUCCCUUCCGAAGUCCCAGACGCAGGCUCCCAGAUAACCGUUCCUGUGCCUACCGGCGGCUUAUGUCUUUACGACAUAUGCUAGACAAAAAGCCAGAAAUGAAAACACAUUUUGUUGAAUUCAUGCAACAAAUGUUUAACAACCAACAUGCAGAACUCGCUCCACCUCACAGCAAAGACAAAGAGAUCUGGUACCUCCCUGUGUUUGGUGUGUAUCAUCCCCAGAAGCCGGGGAAGAUACGAGUGGUGUUCGAUUCAAGUGCCCAGUUUGAUGGAGUGUCCCUGAACGACGUCCUAUUAUCUGGCCCGGACUUAAACAACACACUCCUGGGCGUGUUGCUCUGCUUCAGGAAGGAACCAGUCGCUGUCACAGCCAACAUUGAACAAAUGUUCUACUGCUUUGUAGUCCGGAAAGAUCAUAGAGAUUACCUUCGGUUUCUAUGGUACGAAGACAACGACCUUGCCAAGGACAUGGUGGAUUAUCGAAUGAGGGUGCACGUCUUUGGCAAUAGCCCCUCCCCGGCAGUGGCAAUUUACGGGAUGAGGCUGGCAGCAAAAGAGGCGGAAAAUGAAAAUGGAGCUGAUGCACAGAACUUCAUAGAGCAAGAUUUCUACGUUGAUGACGCGUUGAAGUCUUUUCCAACCGUUGCCGAGGCGGUUGACGUCCUAAAGAAAGCACAGAAAAUGCUUGCUCUCUCCAACCUGCGUCUUCACAAGAUCGCCUCCAAUAAAGUGGAAGUGGCCAAGGCAUUCUGUCCUGAGGACAGAGCCAAAGACAUCAAAAACCUGGAUCUGACGAAAGAUGAGCUUCCUGUCCAACGCAGCUUGGGGGUAAGUUGGAACCCCACGUCAGACACCUUCACGUUUCAUGUUCCAAAAGAGCAGAAACCCUUCACUCGUCGUGGUGUACUUUCAACUGUGAACAGUUUGUUUGACCCUCUUGGCCUGUUGGCGCCUGUAACCAUCAAAGGUAGACUUCUACUUAGAGCACUCUCUAGCAGUAACCUUGAAUGGGACAGUUCUUUACCCCAAGACAUGUACGAGAGCUGGAGGAGUUGGCACGAGUCACUUAACAGUCUAACAAGUCUACACAUUCCACGUACCUACGUCGCAUUCUCUAUCUCACAAGCGACCUUCACCGAACUUUGUGUGUUCUCAGAUGCUUCAGUGAAAGCCAUCGCUGCGGUGGCUUACCUGAAGGUCACACAUGAAGACCAGCACAUUGAAGUUGGGUUUGUCAUGGGAAAGGCCAAACUGGCUCCCACACCAGAGUCUACCAUCCCACGAUUAGAGCUCUGUGCAGCAGUGCUUGCAGUGGAGAUGUCAGAGCUCCUCAAAGAAGAGCUAAAAAUCCAGAUUGACAAGACAACGUUUUACACCGACAGUAAAGUGGUGUUAGGAUACAUCAAUAAUCAGAGCAGAAGAUUCCACGUAUAUGUGAACAGUCGUGUGCAGAGAAUCAAACGGUCGUGCCUACCAGAACAAUGGAGAUAUGUUCCAACAGAACACAAUCCAGCUGACCAUGGUUCCCGGUCUGUGCCAGCAGGAAAACUCUCCAGCACAUUGUGGUUCCAUGGCCCAGCAUUUCUUCUUAAGGAACAGACUGUAUUUCCAGAAAAAGGUCCAUUCAAACUCAUCGAUCCAGAGUCAGAUGGGGAAAUCCGGCACAACGUUAGUGUCCUUGUGACCACGGCUGGUCCAGGAGGGUUGGGUUUAUCACGCUUCGAAAGGUUCUCAAAGUGGACUUCUCUUGUCCGUUCAGUGGCCUACCUUCACCACAUCGCCGACAGCUUCAUGUCCAAAAAUGGUGGCGAGUGCAGAGGCUGGCAUCUUUGUAAAACAAGUCUCAAAGGUGAUGCCUUACGUCAAGCGGAGCAUACAAUUAUUAGGUGUGUGCAGAAUGAUGUCUAUGCAGAAGAAAUAAACUGUAUCAUGAUGAAAAGAGAAAUCCCAUGCACUAGUACUCUUCUCAAGCUUCAUCCCUUCAUGGAUAACGACAGCUUGUUGCGAGUGGGAGGACGUCUUGCAGCAUCAAACUUAACAGGUCACGAAACUAACCCUCUUCUGAUACCAGGAAAGCAUCAUAUUGCCACACUGCUUAUCCGACACCACCACGAGGCUGUCCAGCACCAGGGAAGACAUUUCACAGAGGGGGCUGUGAGAGCAGGUGGACUAUGGAUAGUUGGUGCGAAGAGGUCCAUCAGCAGUGUAAUCCACAAAUGUGUCACUUGCAGAAAGCUUCGGGGCAAGAUGGAACAGCAGAUCAUGUCAGACUUGCCUGCCGAACGCCUACAGACUGACCCCCCAUUCUCUUAUGUUGGUCUCGAUGUGUUUGGACCAUGGGAGGUUUCAGCGCGCCGAACCAAGGGUGGCCAGGCUAACAGUAAGAGAUGGGCAGUCUUGUUCACCUGCAUGUCCACCAGGGCGAUUCAUAUAGAAGUGGUUGAGACUCUGAGUGCCUCUAGUUUUAUUUAUGCACUUCGUAGGUUUUUCGCCAUCAGAGGCCCGGCAAAACAGUUGAGGUCAGACCGAGGAACCAAUUUUGUUGGUGCUGCCAAAGACCUGAAGUUGAAUCCUCCAAAACCUGAUGAGCCAGUUCUGGAUGCCUACCUUCAACAACAGAGGUGUUCUUGGGUGUUCAACGCUCCACACUCAUCCCAUAUGGGCGGCACCUGGGAGCGUAUGAUAGGAAUCUCACGACGCAUCCUAGAUUCGAUGCUUCUCCAAGCAGGUAACCCCACCUUGACACAUGAGGUCCUGACAACAUUGAUGGCCGAAGUUACAGCUAUCAUCAAUGCGAGGCCCUUGAUACCCGUUUCCUCCGAUCCUGAUGCUCCAUUCAUCCUGACACCUGCGAGUCUACUUACCCAGAAGUUUGAUCCGGUCCCUAUACCAUCUGGAGAUUUCACCAAGGCUGACAUGUACACGCGUCAGUGGAAAAGAGUUCAAGCCCUUGCUGAUACAUUCUGGGCCAGGUGGCAGAAGGAUUACCUCCACAUGCUCCAAAGUCGUCAGAAGUGGCAGCGCAGAAAACCGAACCUAAAAGAAGGGAACAUCGUCCUUCUGAAGGACAAGCAACUAAAAAGAAAUGAGUGGCCUAUGGGCAUCAUUGUGAAAACGCUUCCAAGCAAAGAUGGAGUUGUCAGGAAGUUGGAAGUCAAGGUUGCACGAGACAAGACGUCGAAAACUUUCUGCAGACCUAUAUCGGACUGUAUCCUUCUUUUAAGAGAUUAACAUGUUAUUUUGAUGGGGUUAAACGGCAUUUUAAGAAUAAUGCCAGACGGGGAGUGUAUUGGAACCAGUUUAGGUUCAUGUUUUCUUCCUGGCCAGUAGGGGGCGCAGGUUUGAACAGUUGCUAUGUUGAGCCAGUGUGUAGAAGAAGUGUGUCAGUAAGUUUCCCAUAUGCAAGAAGCAAAAACAUCUGUUCAGCAAUCUGAAGCCAUCCGCUCUAUUUCAUCCCUUUGAAUGGAAAUAUGAUUUCACACUUUGUUGCAUUAAAUUCCGUCCAAAUACAACACGUGCCUGUUCAUUGGAGGAGAGCGAUGCAAGAAAGAGUUUAGCUGGCUG